AUGUCUUCUUCAGCAGGAAGCGCAGGUUUCAAACAGGAGCCUCACAAGGUACGUCGUCCCACGCGAGCUGGUCUAGCUCCUUCAAGGCUGAUUAGGUCACUCCUUCGUCUGCACACCAGCUCCUCGUUAUUCCUGGGCCCAUUGAGGUUUCCGAUGAUGUGCUUUGGGCCAACGCUCAUCCGUCUGUGUGAGUCAGACUCUUCCGAUCCCCCCUCGUACUUGAUUGCGCGCUUCGUCUGACCCGAUUGUAUGCGGUUUCUUCAGCUCGCACGUCUCGCCCGACUUUGUGCCCAUCCUAGGCGACAGCAUCCGCAUGCUCAGGCAGGUUCUCUUUGCGCCCGAAUCACAACCCGUCAUCACUGCUGGCAGCGGUACCCUUGGGUGGGACCACGUCGCUGCCAAUGUCGCUCAACCGGGCGAAGACGUUUUGGUACUCAACUCGGGCUACUUUGGCGAUUGUGAGUCGCCUUCCCAUGACGUUGUGAGGAUCUAAAGCUCUUUGCAAAGCUGACUCUUGACCCGCGCCGGUGCUUCAGCUUUUGCAGAGUGCUUCGAGACCUACGGUGCCAAAGUGACUCAACUGAAAGCGCCCAUUGGAUCCAAGCCUGCCCUGUCUGACGUAGAAGCAGCGCUCAAGAGCAAAAAGUACUCAGUGGUCACCUUCACACACGUGGACACCUCUACCGGAGUUCUUUCCGAUGCCAAGGGUCUAGGAGAGCUGGUCAAGAGAGUGUCUCCCGAGAGCAUCUUGGUCUUGGACGGAGUUUGCUCGGUCGGGUCCGAAGAGAUCAGGAUGCAAGAUUGGGGCAUCGAUGUUGUGCUCACUGCAAGUCAGAAGGGUCUCGGCUGCCCUCCUGGCCUCAUGGUCUUGGCUGCCAGCAAAAAGGCCAUUGCCAAGUUCGAGAAGCGCACUUCCCCUCCCAACUCGUACUUUGCCAGCUGGGCAAAGUGGCUGCCCGUCAUGAAGGCAUACGAGUCUGGAACCGGUGCCUACUUUGGUACUCCUCCAACCAACCUUAGUGAGUGAAGCUUGAGGCUGGGGACGCAGCGUGAUGCACUCCGCCUUGUUUGCUGACAAGGCAUCCGACGCUCUUCCGCAGUCUAUGCAUUGAACGCCUCUCUUCAAGCCAUCACCAAGGGCUCCGUAUCCCUCGAAGACCGUUUCGCAGCGCACAAGGCGGUCUCCGCCAAGGUUAAGAACUUUGUGCAAUCCCUGGGUCUGGAGCAACUGGUAGCGGACGGAAUCAAGGAUGGCGCAAACGGUAUGACUGCAGUCAAGUACCCUCAGGGCAUCAAGGCUGGUGACCUUUUGCCCAAGAUGGUGGCCAAGAACAUCGUCAUUGCCGCCGGGCUGCACAAAGAGGUCAAGGACACUUAUUUCAGAAUUGGACACAUGGGAGUCACCGUUGUUGACCCUAGCAGAGGCGACAUCGACCACCUGCUCAAAAGCCUGAAGGAAUCUUUGUCAGAAGCUGGGUACAAGGGCAACUGA